CCGCUUCAAAGCGGGUGGUGGUGGCGGCAGCGCGGCGGUUAAUGGCGGAAAACUGCGGUUAAAGGCGCCCGCCUCGCCCCCGCCCGCCUCGCCCCACCUUCCUCCUCCGCCCCCGCCGGAGAAAAGCCCGGGAGCGGUGUCGCCGCGCACACUCCAGCUCCGCGGCUGACGGCGCCGCCGCGGGGGGUGGGGACCAUGUCUGUGGCGGCGGCGCCCUGCUGCGGCUCCGCGGGAUAGCGCGGCGCGCCGCGCACCUUUCGCGGGCCGCCCCUUGCCGGCAGAGGCUGGAGCGGCAGGGCUUGUCUAGCGCUACCUUGAGCCAAAUUCCUAGACUGGUUGGUGCUUUCUCAUGGGAUCCCUGUGACUGACAAAGGAGACAUUGUUGUGUGUUGCACAUCAUUAGAAAGCACGAGAAUGCAAUCUGAAGCCAGAAGAGACCACAGCUAUGGAACAGUAGGAGUCUUAAGACUUCUCUGCAAUGACUACAGCAAGAUAUAGGCCUACCUGGGACUUGGUACUUGACCCAUUAGUGUCCUGCAAGCUCUGCCUUGGUGAAUAUCCCGUGGAGCAGAUGACGACAAUAGCACAAUGCCAAUGCAUCUUCUGUACCCUGUGCCUAAAACAGUAUGUGGAACUUUUGAUCAAAGAAGGUCUAGAAACUGCAAUCAGCUGCCCUGAUGCUGCCUGCCCAAAGCGAGGUCAUCUGCAAGAAAAUGAGAUUGAGUGCAUGGUUGCGGCAGAAAUCAUGCAAAGGUAUAAGAAGCUACAGUUUGAAAGAGAAGUGCUUUUGGAUCCCUGUCGGACUUGGUGUCCAUCCUCUACUUGCCAGGCAGUUUGCCAGCUCCAGGAAUCAAGCCCACAGGACCCCCAGCUUGUCCAGUGCAAAGCCUGUGACAUUGAGUUCUGCUCUGCUUGCAAAUCUAAUUGGCAUCCAGGUCAAGGCUGUCAGGAGAGCAUGCCAAUCUCCUUUCUUCCAGGAGAAGCAAGUUCAGUUUUUAAAGUGGAAGAAGAUGAUGCCCCAAUCAAACGCUGUCCGAAGUGUAAAGUUUACAUUGAACGAGAUGAAGGCUGUGCCCAAAUGAUGUGUAAGAACUGCAAACAUGCUUUUUGCUGGUACUGUCUGGAAUCUCUUGAUGAUGAUUUUCUCCUUAUACAUUAUGACAAAGGACCUUGUCGAAACAAGCUGGGACACUCCAGAGCAUCUGUUAUCUGGCACAGAACACAGGUGGUAGGAAUUUUUGCAGGAUUUGGUCUUCUGCUUUUGGUGGCCUCUCCUUUCCUUCUACUUGCUACACCUUUUGUUCUGUGCUGCAAGUGCAAAUGUAAUAAAGGAGAUGAUGACCCUCUACCUACCUAGACUUGAGAGAAGAUUGGACUUGUCACAACAUGUGUUUUGAUUUUAUCAUUGUUGUUGAUGUUUCCCUCUUGCACUUACUUUGCUGUAGCCUUACUUGCCCUGUUCUGCUUUUCAUUGACAUGCAGUUUUGCUUCCAGGAACUGUUGUUACUACCAUUGCAUAGAUCAAUUGAUAAUAGACAAGGAGGGUAACAGAAGGCAAGUUUGGUGCUAAAGGGAGACCAUGGAUUCAGAUAGCUGUCUGAAAUGAAGAGAUGAUAUUGUUAAAAGUAAUGCAAAAAGUUUCCAAUGCCCUGCUGGUGGACAGGGAACUGUGCUGAAUGACAUCAGCAAAACAAGCUAAAAAUGCAUACAAUUCUGAACUUUCUGCGUAUCUGUUUGCUUCAAAAUUUGGUGUCUUAUUUCUGUAUAUAUUUCAGUUGCCUAUCAUUUAAAUCAGAUAGUGAAUUUAGUGUGACUUUAUUCUGUUUAUUACACAUCUGUUUUUGUUAAAGCCAUCACAGUGUCCUUUUCAGUACUGAUUUUACCAAGUAUAGCAAAAUCAAUAAGGUGCAUAUAGGCCAUCCUAUGCCUUUCUUGAAAUUUGGGGAGGGUUAGAAGGACAAAGUUGGUCCUGUUGCCUUCCAGGACUUUUUUGAAGUCUUAUAAGAAAUUUGUUUGAAAGCUACAUUUUAAAAAUGCAUUGAUGAAGCUGUAAGGUUGAGUGGUGACACAAACCUUCUAUCUAAUCAAGGUUGUUUUAAAAAUGCAUUGAUGGUAUUGAUUACUGCUGCACCACUACUGUUUUUCUGAAGCGUUAUUUUUUGCUGUUGUUUAUGGUUCUGCUACACUUACAGGGCUACGUAACUUCUAAUCCAGGUAUCUUAAUCUUUUUUUAUAUAUAGAUAUAUAUAUAUAAUCCUAUUUAAACCAAAUGUGUAAAUAGCUGUGCUAUUGAAGUAUUUUGGAAGUUCAAGAUAGCUUGCUUCUGUCCUUAGGGCAAUUAUUAAAAAAUACAGGACUAACUUUACUAUUUAGCACACUCUUGGGUUAUUAAUGAAUCUUUCCUUUUAAGUGUAAAAAUACAUCAGGGUUAUCCCCUGUAGUUAAUAAUAAAAAUGCCUGGGAUAUUUGUGGAAGUUGUACUUUACAUUUAACCUACUUAGCCCAUUUUCAGAGUUAAUAUCGUGUGAUGUAUGGUGUAUGCUGUUAAUAACAAUGCUGUGACUAAACAAGUUUUCAGUUGAAAAAUAAUCACUUGAUUUGAAAGUUUUGCAGAAUUCACAGUGCUGUUUUUCCAGGGUAGUAAAGUGCGAUAGUAAACAUACUAUUAGUCAUUGUAGUUUCUCUUCGGAAAUAUUUUGUUGAAAACCAUUUUCCUCUGGUUUUAAAGCCUAUAAAAAUUUGACUAAUAACUUCUUGCCAUUAAAUAUGAAGCAUCUGAAACAGUGUGUAUGUGUGUAGUACUGAAGGAAAAAAUUAUUUUGAAUAGCUUGUGGACUGAAGUUUGACUGUGUUUUUUUCAUCAUCAUUUAUUUCUGUGCAUUAUCGGUGUACUGAGAUGGAUGAAUAUGUUGAAGCCAGGAUAACUUUGCACUGAAUAUGUAUUAAGAUCCUUAAAUGCAACUGCUUCUGCCACAGGCUUGGAAUAUGUUUUCAUAGCUCCAGCUUAAUGACUCCUUUCUUUAUUGUCUUUUGUUUUAUACUAUCUAUCUGUUAAAUAAAAAGACUGGGGUACAAUUUUGAAAAGGGCCACUGUCUUUUUAUAAAACUACUCUUGAAUUUCUUCUCCUCCCCCUUCUUCCAAGUGUAAUGGUAUCCAAAUUCAAACUGUAUCUAACCACAGAUUUUAGCUCCAAGUGCUACAGCUUAUCUGCAAUUCACUUAUAUGGCUUGAUUUUAAUGAGUUCAGCCAUUAUAACAUGAAUAAAAAGGGCAGCUGAGUUCUAGCAAGUCUGAACUCCUUGUGACAUCUUCAGAUUGUUUAUGGCAAUGCACAGUUCAGAUCUUUACUCUUAAGAUCUGUUUUUAUUAUCACAAUGUUUUUAGUGUUUUAGCUAUCUUUGUUAUUAAAAAUUGCUUAGUUGCUCUAAGAUAUCUGUAGGGAAGUCUGGGUGGUGCAUUCGAUCCCUGUUUGCCAGCCCCUAAGGGGUGUGAGAAGCACCGCUGAGCUCAGGGCUUGUCUGGCUCUGGCAGCAGUACUGGAGUGUCCUGGUAUAAGGUUUAUCUUCUCUGUGCCUUUCUUAGAGACAGCCUUUAUGUGGCGAUAUAGUGAAACACCCAUAGUACUCUGUGGCCAGUUAAUAAUCAAUGUCAAAAUUAAUGCAUUUCCAUGUUUAAAAUAAAAAUAAGUCCUUUACAAAUACAGACAUUUUCAAAUUUUAGUUUAUAAUUGUUCACAGGUAACAGGCUGUUGGGAUAGACUGUAUGCCUACAUAUAUUUACCAAAUACCUAAUCCUUUCAGUUUGCUAAACAUAAUUCCAUCUGUGUUCUUCUCGGGGAUUUUUGUUUGUUUGUUUUGCCCGCCCCCCCCCCCCCCCCUUUUUUUUUUUAAUAUUCUGAUUUGUUUCCAAAGUAGCAGCUUCUGGCAGUGUUGAGUUUGGAGUGUUUUAAUGUUACAGCUUAUGUUGGUAGUGUGACAUUUAAUACUCUGAAAUUGAAUUGUAAAUACAUUAUUUUAAACUCUGACAUUUAAACCCCCUGCCAUGGAAAACUGAAUGUUUGUUUCUCCUGCUUUUCCAAUGAAAUUCUGUUAUAGCAGCUUUGUCUUUGUAGAUUUUCACAAGAAAAAUAAGGUUCACUGUAUGACUUCUGUUGUGUCUUUACAGUUAUGCUAUUAUUUACUGGGUUUUGUAUUGUCUUAAAUGCUGUUUUUAAUGGAGUUUGCAACAGUACAUCAUUUUCAUGUUCUCUUGGGGUGAUGUCCUGUUGAGUGAGCAUGGGACUGAGUGUGGAGUCCAGACUCCAGAGGCUUUGCAUCUCCUUAGACUUGCCAUUCAUUAGUUAGGCUGAAGUCAGUCUUGAGAGAGCCCAGUAGCACAUCCUGUGCUGACUUCAGUGACAGUAGCACUGGGCUUUCCCAACAUGACAUUGGACAAGUACUUAUCUCCUUUUAUCUCAAUUUAACCAUCUUUUAAAUGGAUGAACCUGUGUUUACCUACCUCACAGAAGGGCUGUGAGGGCAAAUUCAUUCAUUUUGAGGCUCUUCAAGAUUGUGUGAUGAAAGAUUAUAUAUAAAUGCUUACUUUAGUUUUUUGUUAAUAUUUCAAUUUUAUUCAUGUUGGCAUUCAUCCUGAAACCUCCUACUACUGACUUUAGCAUGCCAAGAAUUUGAGAUGCUUUCCCCCACAUACCAAGCAGCAUGAUCUUUCCUCAAAUACUCCAGCUUACAAAUCAGGCAAAAUCCCAAAUCAGAGCUUACUGGAUCGAAUCUCAGUUUACAGUUGAUCUCCUGAUAUGCAGGAAACACAAUCAAAAUUAGUGAAAAGCUCUCUCAUUUAUGGAGCUGGCAGGGUAAAAUAUUCAUAGAUCAGAAAAAGACGAAGUGCUUUUGAUUUAAAAUUGUUAUGGACAGGAAAAUAAAAAUGAAGUAUUGUGCAUUUCAUCUGCAGGUCUUUUGCUGUAUAGGAUUAAAUAUAUUUAAUUCAGGCCUUUCUUAUUCCAGUGAGUUGCAGCAUGCAUAAAGCUUUGUGCGGGUUUGCUUUUUUAAAACCAAAGUUUGCACAUUUCACAUACAUAAUCUAAAAUCCUGAGGAAAACAGUUGAUUACAGUGAUAAUAAAGACAUCAGUUGCUUAAUUGCUAAUGCACUUGUACUAAGUAAGGCAUGCUGUUUGUGUUUAGAGCCCUGUGGUCUUCAUUAUUGCUUUGAUUUGUAUCUCUCUCUUAUAAGAAUUCCAGGAACAUUAGGUGCAGGUACAUGGUACGUAACUGAACCUUUCUUGAUCAUUUUGUCAUGGAUGUAUUUUAAAAUUGUAUAGGGAUAAGCAUGAAGGAGUCAUGCAUAUGUAUAAAUAAUGUAUUGGACCAGUGUAAAAAUAGUUCUGUUGAUGUAUUUGAAAUGUAAGUACAUUUUGUGCCACUAACACUGUGAUGUAUAAAAGAGCUGUUGAAUGCCUUUUAAUGUUGUGUUUUGUACUUUGAAUCAUAUUGAAGAGUUUAAUUUGUAAUUUCAAUAGAUAUUUUAAAUGAA